AUGAUGACCCACCACCAAGCGAUCAGCGAGUCGAGGGAGGACCAGCUGUGCCUUGCGGCGAUCCAGUACUUGAGGAGCCACUUCCAAGAAGCUACUGAUAUCUACAAGAGGCUCCUGGUAGACGACCGCGACCACUACGCGCUGAAUGUGUACAUCGCCUUCUGCUACUACAAACUGGACUACUACGACGUGGCCCUCGAGAUACUGCAGACGUAUCUGACGCAGUAUCCAAACUCGAUCACAGCGGUGAACCUGAAAGCUUGCUGCCACUACCAGCUGUACAACGGGAAGGCCGCGGAGGCCGAGUUGAAGGUGCUGCAGCAGGCGUCCGCUAGCGGCAACAUCUUCCAGGAACACGACCUCCUGCAGCACAACCUCGUCGUGUUCCGCAACGGCGAGAACGCGGUCCAGGUGCUGCCCCCGCUCCUGGACAUCAUCCCCGAGGCACGGCUGAAUCUGGUCAUCUACCACCUCCGUACCGACGAGGUGCAGGAGGCCUACAACCUCAUCAAGGACCCGACCUCGAGCCGUCAGUGCCCAGAGAAUACAUCCUCAAGGGCGUGGUGUUCGCGGCCCUAG